GUCAUACAUCUGUUCCCGUUCAGCUUAACGAUCUUACCCGAGUAACUUGCAAAAAUUAUUUCGAUAGAAGUCAAUUCGGUUACUCCACAACCCAACCACAAUGGGCUCCGAAAAACCUAGCCAGCGGUGGGCGGCGCUCGCCCGCGACACAAACGAAACCAAGAUCCAACUGGCCUUAAACCUCGACGGCGGGGACUUCCCCCCGGACAUCGACUCCCGCCUACUAGCCUCCGUCACCAACGGCCACGCCAGCCAGUCCAGCAAAUCCCAAACCAUCAGCGUGAACACAGGCAUCGGCUUCCUCGACCACAUGCUGCACGCCCUAGCUAAGCACGCCGGCUGGAGUCUGGCUCUAGCCUGCAAGGGCGACCUACACAUCGACGACCACCACACCGCCGAAGACUGCUGCAUAGCGCUCGGGUACACCUUCGCCAGCGCACUCGGCAGCGCAACCGGGCUAGCGCGCUUCGGAUACGCCUACGCGCCUCUCGACGAAGCGCUAUCGCGGGCCGUCGUCGACCUCUCGAACCGGCCGUACAGCGUCAUCGAACUAGGCCUGCGACGCGAGAAGAUCGGCGAUUUGUCGUGCGAGAUGAUCCCGCACUGUCUGCAGAGCUUUGCGCAGGCGGCGCGCGUGACGCUGCACGUGGAUUGUCUGCGGGGAGAAAACGACCACCAUCGCGCCGAGAGCGCGUUCAAGGCGCUGGCGGUCGCGGUGAGACAGGCGACGAGUAGGAUACCGGGGAGAGAGGGGGAGGUUCCUAGUACGAAGGGGACUUUGAGUGUGUAGGGUUGGGUGGAGUGAAAAUAAAAAGGAAAUAAAAAGAAAAUGAUAAUAAUUGUGGUUAA